AUGGCUGGCAGCACCGAGAUCCUUGAGCUCCAGGACGGACAUGUCAACAAAGAACUGGGAAACCCUGUUCUCGUCCGUGCCAGUAACCAGCAGGUAAUCCACACUAGCGUCCGUAAUGCACUGGAUGAACCCAAGCUUGACCAGUUCGCGAUGAAGGUGCUCAUAUCAAAGGCGUCCUGCUUGUUUCAGACCGUAAAGGCUCUGACCAAGAAGUAG